ACCGCCGCAGUGCGUCCUUUCGUGGUUGGUGCUAUUCUUCGGAAUUUUUCAUUUGAUCAGGACAACUACGCCUCCUUCAUAGAUCUACAGGAUAAGCUUCAUCAGAAUAUUUGCCGGAAGCGAACUUUAGUGGCUAUUGGCACCCAUGAUUUGGACACCAUUGCUGGAUUUUUUGAAUCAGAAAAUAUUUGGGUUCAGGUCCGUUCAAAAUCUGCUGACCUGCCAGAGGACAUUAAGUUUAUCCCUCUCAAUCAAACAAAGGAAUUUACAGCCCGCGAAUUGAUGGAAUUCUAUUCAACUGACAGUCACUUGAAGCCUUAUCUGCCAAUUAUUCGUGAUAAAGAGAGGUAUCCAGUCAUUUAUGAUGCCAAUGGGAUAGUGUGCUCAAUGCCUCCUAUCAUAAAUGGGGAGCACUCUAAGAUCACUCUUCAAACAAAGAACAUUUUCAUAGAAGCUACCGCAACAGAUCUGCAAAAGGCAACUGUUGUCCUUGACACCGUUGUUACGAUGUUCAGCCAGUAUUGCAAAGAGCCAUUCACGAUAGAACCAGUGGAAGUGGUAUACGAGGAGACUGGUAGGAAGGAGGAAUAUCCUGUGCUUUCGUGUCGUGAAAUCAUGGUGCGAGUUUCUGAGAUCAACACAAAGAUAGGUUUCCAACUUGAUGCUCAAACUAUGGCUGACUUGCUCAUUAGAAUGUCCUUAAAAGCGAAAGUUGUUACGGAAAACACCUUGAAGGUGACCAUUCCUCCUACCAGACAUGACAUACUGCAUGAAUGCGAUGUUGCAGAGGACGUAGGAGUGGCAUAUGGCUUCAACAAUUUGGUUCGCCGAUUACCGGAGUCGAAUACGAUGGCUGAAGUGUUUCCUUUGAACAAAUUGUCGGAUCUGCUUCGGAUAGAGAUAGCUGCUGCCGGUUGGACAGAAGCGCUUAAUUUCGCCCUUUGCUCAAGGGAGGAUAUUUCAACGCGUUUACGGAACGAAAAAGCCCUCGAAAACGCCGUCCAUAUUUCGAAUCCCGAAAACGCAGGAAUUCCAGGUUGCCCGAUUAUCGCUACUGCCAGGUCUUAUGAAGACGCUUUCAUCGAAUCGAGAUAUGCCACUUCCGCUCAAACUCUUCGAACUUCAGGAUGUGAUUAUGAAAGAUUCCUCUUCCGGAUUUCAGACGUAGGAGCACGAAACGAACGCCGCUUGGCUGCCGUUUACUACAAUAAGACUGCUGGAUUCGAAAUAGUUCAUGGAUUUCUUGACCGAGUGAUGCGGUUGUUGGAUUUGAACCCAUCAAAAGAAGAUGGAUAUUACAUUAAAGCAUGUGAUAAUCCCACAUUCUUCCCUGGACGUUGUGCUUCCAUAAUUGCUCCAGGAAAUGUUACGCUAGGAGUCUUAGACUUCUGCUUCUGCAUGUGGAUACCCUCGAUGUUAUCCGAUUGCUUGCUUAUCAUCGCAAUAGCCUUCUGUACUGCCCUAGCAGGAGAGGGUCUCACCUAUGUGUUGGUUUAUCGAUCGGAGCAAUACAAGCGACUGAAAUCUGAAAUGGAACGUAAAACUAAGAGACUCGAAAAGAAGAAGCAGGAAGCUGGCGAAGUUGUGGAUAAAAACGCCAAAAAGCGCUUGGAACGAGACGAAGAACGGCUAAAGGUCUGUAAUGGCUCCUCUUCUAUUGAGAACCCAAGGUCUCGUUAUCUAGUGCACCGGUUGCAGGCUACGAAUCGGGAUAUGUCAAUGUUCAAAAUGAAAUCUAUGUUUGCUAUUGGACUUGCAUUCACCGCUCUUUUAUCCACGUUUAAUUCAAUCUUCGACGGACGGGUUGUUGCUCGUUUACCGUUCGUCCCAAUCGGGUUUCUUCAGGGAUUAUCGCACAGAAACCUAGUUGGCGAUGACAUGCGUGAUUGCUCAUUUAUUUUCCUCUACAUCUUAUGCACGAUGACUAUUCGACAAAAUCUUCAAAAAGCACUUGGUUUUGCCCCAUCUCGUGCGAUGAAUCGUCAGCAAGGUUCAGCAUGGGCACCAUCUCAACAGCAACAGUUCAACUAUUUCCGUUAG